UUAAUUUUCUUUCAAUCUGUUGUCAAUCGAGCAGCUUAGUUACGCAGCUGUUGUUGUGAAAUAAAAUGACGAACGAAGUAAAGAAUUCCGUGGUUGAUUUGAUUGGAAACACCCCAUUGGUGGCACUAGAUCGUUUGUAUCCCGGGCCUGGUCGAAUACUCGUCAAAUGCGAGUUCUUAAAUCCAGGUGCAAGUAUGAAAGAUCGUACGUCGCUGGCAAUGAUAUUGGCAGCAAGGAAAUCGGGUGAACUUCAGCCCGGUGGACAUGUAGUUGAAAUGACCAGUGGCAAUCAAGGUUCUGGACUGGCUCUAGUUUGUGCUCGCCUUGGCCACCCAUUAACUGUGACAAUGAGUAAGGGUAACAGUUCUCAACGAGCGGUGAUGAUGAAGGGACUUGGAGCAAGUGUGGAACUGGUGGAUCAGGUGGAUGGAAAACCAGGUAACGUGACAAACGAAGAUAUUCAAGCUGCAAUUAGAAGAGCUGAAGAAAUUGCUAUCGAAACUGGUGGUUUUCUCGUUGACCAAUUCAACAACGACAACAAUUACAUGGCUCACAAAAUGACAACCGGUCCCGAAAUAUGGAGACAGACGGGUGGACGAAUUGAUGCAUUUUUAACGUGCGUGGGAACGGGAGGUACAUUUCGUGGAACGUCCGAUUAUUUGAAGGGAAGAAAUCCGAAAAUUAAAUGCAUUGCCGUUGAACCGCAAGGAGCUGAACCACUAAAGGGCGAUAAAACAGUUAAACCUUUGCAUCUUCUUCAAGGAUCCGGCUUAGGGAUUGUGCCUCCGAUAUUCGAUAUGGAUUUUCUCGACGACACCAUAAGCGUGUCGGAUGAAGAGGCAAUAGAGUAUCGGGCACUGUUGGGAAGCAAAGAAGGACUUUAUGUUGGCUUUACAUCAGCAGCUAACGUUGCUGCGGCGGUUAAAUUACUUGGAUCUGGGAGAAUGGGAAGUGAUGCGUGGGUUGUAACCGUACUUCAUGACAGCGGGCUGAAAUAUGGAAAUUAGAUUAAAA